CACGGCGCUGCCCAGGGGUUCCCGGGGCUCGGCCGGGCUCGGGAGGCCGGGGCCGGCGCCUCUGAGGGACAGCGCGGCCCGGGAGCCAGCUGGACCAGCCUAAUCCUUCUGGCAAUACCUGCCUCUGAAGCUUUUUACGAGGCUCAGACGAGAUAGUGGAUGUCGAGGGCUCUGUAAACCAGACAGCCCAGUAGAAAUGUCGGCUCGUGUGCCUGCUCAUGGACGAAUCCGGAAACUUGACUCUUGAGCUCCCAGGGCUGGAAGGCCCCCCAAGGCCUUCUGGGAUGACCUGGGCCCUUCUCCACUGGCCUGACAAGGGCUUGUCCAGACUCCGAUGGAGGAGGUCGGAGGCAGGAGGCUCAUUCCACUUUGGGACAGCUCGGACACUUGGGAAGUUUUUCCUUACAUGGAGCCCCAGUCCGCUUCUUGGCCACUUCCCAUGUUCCCUCCAUCAGGGCAGACCACAGCCCCUUCGUGACUUCUCCUCUUGUCUGUGUCUAUUGUUUUUAUUAGUUUUGGACUGGGACCUGUGAUUUCAUCACUAUACGGGAGCUCCUGGUGGGAAAACUCCCUCUAUCAAUUCAGUUUCCUUUCAGACACAAGGCAAAGUACCAGCCAAGGUAGAGAUCCCUUUCCCAAAAGCAAGAGUGACUGGCUGACAUAGAACUUCCUUGCUGAGGAGAAUCCAGCUGUUAAUAGAGCAUGUAAUGAAGAGAUGAGCAGGCUCGGCUGUGACCUGAAGAAUCAUCUGAGUCUCAGCUCCUUCUGCUUAGGGCAGACUCCAACUGUCAGGAGGCCAAUGUCCCGUGGCGACUGACAAUGAAGCUAUGGAAGGUGGCGGCCCUGGUCUCUGUGCUCUGCAGCUCCAUGCUCUCCAUCUGGGUGUUCAGAGACCUGGCCGGCAGUGACCGAAGACUCGGACCUGGUGCUCGAGCCACGCUGCGUAGGCCUCCUCGGGCCUUGGACCCCCGCUGGCCCCUCAUCUCACAGUACCGAGCCCUGUUUGAGAGCUACACAGAAGGGGAGCUCCGGGAACUCCUAUCUGCACUGGUGGAGAGGUCAAGCCCACCAGGGCACUCUGGCGAGCACGCACUGCCCUUUUCAGGCCAGGGAGGGGCUCGGCGAAAGCGGGCCCGGGUCCGCCACCAGCCGUGUGGCCUGCGGGAACUGGAGGUCAGCGUCAGCGAGCUUGGCCUGGGCUACGUGUCAGAUGAAACCAUCCUCUUCCGGUACUGCAGCGGCACAUGUGAGGCAGCUGCGAGGAUCUAUGACCUUGGGCUGCGCCGAUUACGGCAGCGGCGCCGUGUGCGCAAGGAGAAAAUAAGGGCCCGGCCCUGCUGCAGGCCCUUGGCCUAUGAGGAAGAAGUGUCGUUCCUGGACUCCCGGAAUCGCUACCACACGGUCAGCGAACUGUCAGCCAAGGAGUGUGGGUGCGUGUGAGAGCCCCUGGGCUCUGCAUUGUCUACCUCACCUGGGGGCUAUGUGGUGCCACCAGCCUAACACUCACAGAUAGGAGGCCCCCAUAGGGUACUCUUCUGACCUCCCUCCCUCACCACCCCACCAUGCUGAUGCUAGAGUGAUCCUGAACCCUGGCCAUGGGUAGCCUCCUCAGAAGACCUCACCAGACACCCUGAACCCCAUCCUCCGGACCCAGGGGGUCAAGAUGCCAACCAGGGCGAGGUAUGAGGAGCUCGAGGGGCCCUGAGACAGAGGACACAUGGCGUUGGCAUCCCAGGAACCAAAGGGCUCCUGCAACUGGCAGUGACCCUGCCAGGCCUGAUUGUAUAUACUUCAUUGAGUAACUAACUGACCUUGUACAGGAAAUUAUAUUCUAUAUAUGUGAAUCUCGCAAUAUCUAUAUCUAUAUAAAAUACCAGUGGAUACUUC